AUGAGACUUGUGGUGAAAUUAAGAUCUUUAAAGUGCACGGAAAGUUUGUACUACUUUGCAGACAUGACGCACGGGUUGUAUCUGGUUCUGCUCCUGGCGCUCUGGGCUUUCCUCGCAACUGAAGUGUCUCAAGGCCAAAUGGUAAAAGAUAGCUUGCCAUCUCCGAUUUACCCAUCCAUCAGAUUUGGCGUGAGCCACGUGGAGCAUGUGUUUGUGCGGCAGGACAGAGAGGAGACUGUGAACUCCAGCCUCAAGUCUCAGUCCCAGAGUUUUCUCAUCACUGGCUCCAAUGAGAGGCCCCUGCAGCCAGCUGUGAACGCUUUCUUCGGACCACUGUCUGUCGACGCGCCUAUUCCUCCAAACCUGCUUCUCAGUGGGUUCAAGAUCCAGCCAUUCAUUUUAACACGUCAGGUGCGCUCCUCCUCUCCAGUGGUAAAGAUCUUGUUCCACAUGUCGCUACAAGGGGACAUCUCUGUGGCAGAAGACAUCAGGAGUGACUAUAGUGGAGCCGUGGACAGAGACAAGACUCAUUGUGUGACCGCAUACGCCUUUUGGGAGACCAGAGAAGUCCGCGGGGCGUGCUCAGUGUCUCCUGGAGGCUUCUGCGUGGCUCAACUGAAGCCAGAGCCGCUGUGGUUUAGCUCCUCCAGCCGCUCAGGCAGCUCCAGUCGAGAGGCAGGGCGCGGGCUGCAGGGGAACCAGGCUGAGGUGUACUUCCAGAGCCGCAGUGAGCUGACAGGCCAGUGCACGCCUCAGGACAGCCUGCAGAGACUGUGGGUGGGCCGGGCUCGAGCUCUGCAGGGCUCCGGGACUCCCAUGAGGCGCAUAGGGAGCGUCACCUUGCUCAGGACACCACCAGGAAACCCCACCUACCUGCGCCUGCGGCUGGGAGGAGCCGUAGUCAUUCAGACAUCAUCCAAACCACUCAAGACCACGGAUGUUGCCACAUUUUACAUUUUCUUGGCCAGCAUUUCUACCCUGGAAAGCUUCACUUUGAGGGCGACAGUGAAGAGUGGCCUCUCAUUCAGCGCUGCUCGGCCCAGUGACUCUGCGCUCUGGGACAUCGUGGUGGAGCCGGGCCGCGGUGCCACUCCCUUCACCGUGUCCGUGUUCUGCCAGAGAAAAGUGGCUGUGACUGCAAAGAGGGGUCUUCUGGAGGUCCUGCAGCUGGACUUUGUUCCCAGUGAAGUAGCAGAGCGCAUUGAAAGUCAGUCCAUCUCGUGGCGUUUGGAGAUUCCUGGAAAUGUCAAAGACGUCGGCCUGAUGCGCAUGUACACUACACAAAGGGACUAUGUAGGCCUCGCACCACUGGUCAUGAACGCUGACGUUUUAAACACCGCAGUGUUGACGGGUAAAAAGAUGUCAGUCCCAGUGAAGACUCUGGUUGUGGAGGCCGACGGCUCUGUCACCGAUGUCACCAACUCCACCAGCUGUGUGUCGACACAGGAGGAGGCGCUCAAGGUCUCGCCGCGCUGUGACUUUGUCUAUGUGGAUGGAAAGGAGACGGUGGGGAGGAGCUCUGUAAUGGUCAACUUCACUUAUGGUUUCCUGAGUGCACAGCUGGAGAUGAGAGUGUGGAUGCCCCGCUUCCCCAUGACCGUCCACAUCGCAGACACAGAGCUGAGUCAGAUCAAGGGCUGGAGAGUUCCCAUCACCACAGGCAGCAGGAGGUCAAACUGGGACAGCGAGGAAGAGGAGGAGAUGAGGAAGGGCAGAGGGUGUAUGCUGCAGUAUCAGCUCUCUCCCAUCCGUGUGCUCACUUCAUUCACGGCCCAGUCAGACACAGAGACCCCCCCAGCACCCCUCACUCAAGAGCAGCCUGCAGAGUACUUCAUGGGACCAGACUGGCAGGUGGACGUGACCAGUCUUGUACGCAGUUGUGUGAAAGUCGCAGAUCCUGAAGUCGCCAAAGUGUCUGAUGGUGUAAUCCUGCAGGGCCGCGCUGUGGGCACCACCACUGUGAUGGUGGUGUCUCCGGUCACGUCCGCGGUCCUGGGUGAGCGGAGCGUCCGAGUGGUGGAUGAUAAAGUCAGCGUGACGGAUCUGGGCGUGCAGCUGGUCUCUGGACUCUCCUUGUCUCUGCAGCUCAGCCCCCAAGGCAACAGGGCUAUCGUCGCCACGGCCACCAUCCGGGAGGUCAUCACACAGCUUAAACAAGAAGCAGUGGUCACCUGCUGGGUCCAUUUCAGCGAUGGAGCGAUUGUUCCUUUGGACUUGUUUGACCGCACAGUCUACUCUCUGAGCGUCACGACCCCAGACGAGAGCGUGGCCACAGUGCGCCGGACGCCGCAGCAAACGUUUGUAUUGGCUCAGGGUGAAGCGGAGGGCAGGGGCGCACUGGUGCGGGUGGAACUCAGGAUCUGUGAGGACUGUCAGAAGUCCAAGAGGAAGAGCAAACUGGUGGCAGGUACCAGUCUACUUCGAAUUAACGUUCAAAGUAACAGCAUAUCUGCAGAGGAAGAUGUGGCUGGGAUCGGCACUGACGGAGUUGAAGGUUUCCCAUCAGAAGUGGUGGGCGAGAUUAAAACAUCCCAGCGCGCCGUAACAGAUGGUGAUAAGCGCUUGUUUCGAAGCACAGUAACCCAUCCUUCUAUGGUGACGGAAACUACCACUUCCAACACCCCAUCAACCAGAUCUGUGUCACCACAUGUCGUAUGGAUUGGUAACACCAGCAGGGCAACCAGAGCCACUACAUAUGCUUCUGCCACCACGGUCACUAGAGCCAGCCCCACACUCAAUACACCACAGGGUAUCUCUAAGCCAACCACAACACCAGUGCUGGCUGUGAAAGAAAACAGCAAAAGCUUUGGUAAUAUGGUUGAGAAAUCCAACAAGGACGCCCCUAAACCCGAACUCACCCCUAAAAAAGAAGCACCCAAAUCAAAAACCCCUUCUUUUAUUGAAAGUGAUCUGAUAAAGACUUUCCGUUCCAUGUCUGACAUAGAAAUCGCCAUGUACGCUCUGGUGGGAGUGUCCUGUGUGGCCGUUUUCGCCUUUCUGCUCAACUGCGCCUCGUACACCCUGUGCCGUAACCAGAAGACGCCCAUACAGGCUUCAGCCACUCCGCCGGGCGACGGCAAAGAUCAUAAGCAUGACUGGGUGUGGCUGGGAAGUGGCAAUAGCAGACGCCGCAACCCCCCUCCCCCGGGUACACCUGCUCCCCCGGGCACGCUAAAAAGAGAGCGCCCUCUAGAGUCUCGCCAUUCGGUAGAUUCAAUGGGGCACCACCAUCACAACAUGGACAACAGCAUUCCGACCGUGGCCGCGUCUGCUUUCCCAGAGCGGACCGCCACGCUGGGCAGGUGUCGGACAAGUUCCCAGCAGCAGCUACCUUGCAAACCUCUGGAUCCCGUGAUAAACAGGUCGGCCACACUUUUAGCCCGACCACAGCGCAACGAGCCUCUGCGCUCCCCGACCAGCAAGAGGAACCAGGUCCAGUUCACCACCUUCACCACACUGGACAUUAAGCACUUGGCAGCACUGAAGAAAAACGGCGUGGAUCUGAGUUGGGCUAACCAACAAGUGCAGCCCCCAGUCCCACCAGUCCCACCAGUCCCACCAGUCCCACCAGAGCCCCCGACACCCCUCCCCGACAUGCCCUGGCCCGUGGUUAAAGCUGUAGGAGAGCCCCAGUGA